AUGAAGGCUUUUAGCUCUGCAGGGAACACCAUACUGGGGAAGGAUGCGUUUUCUGUCAGUCACAGAAGAACAACAGACAUCUGUGAAAUCUACAACAGCAUGGUUGCAGGAAGGCAGCUCACAGUGGUGGACUCUAGCGGCUGGUUGUACAACCACACACUUCAGGACUCCACUGAGACAGACAAGCUUGAAAUAAAGAGUAGCAUGCAUUUGUGUCCUCAGGGACCGCAAGCAGUGCUCCUUGUGAUUGGCCUAGCCGCUGCAUUCAAUGCCUCAUAUCUCAGAGCCGUGUUGGAUCACAUGGACUUGUUUGGCCACAAAGUCUGGAAGCACACCAUAGUUUUGUUUACCAGAGGCGACUGGCUGGGAGUGAAGACCGUGGAAGAGCGUAUUGCAAGUGAGGGCGGUCUGGAGUGGUUAGUGAACAAGUGUGGGAACAGAUAUCAUGUCCUGAACAAUAUGGACAGAAGCGAUGAGAUGCAGGUGAAGGAGUUCCUUGAGAAGAUUGAAGAGAUGUGGGCAGGAAACGAAGAUCCUCAAUAUGAGCUGGACAAUGCCACGAAGACGGAGGCUGGGAAAGAGGCUGUGGAAGCAACAGCUAAAAGAAUGAGACAGAUAGCCCAAAGACAGUCAAGAGUACUGAGAGAGAUGUUUGAAGGUGAGAGGCAACCAGUCACUGACCUAAGGAUCGUACUGAUUGGCAGAAAAGAAUCAGGGAAGAGUAACGCAGGAAACAUGAUCCUUUGUCAAGAGAUAUUUGAUGCAAUGCUUGGCAAGAAGGAGUUCCAAAAGGAAAGGAGUAAAGCAACGUGUGUAAAACAUCAGAGGAACAUCAUGGGAGUGAACGUCUCAGUCGUUGAGACUCCUGGCUGGAUUGCAAACACAACACCACCAAGCUGGAUCAAACAGGAAGUUCUGAGCAGCAUCUCCAUGUGCGCUCCUGGGCCAGAUGUUUUCCUCUUGGUUGUUCCCAUUUGCAAAGCCUAUACCGAGAAAGAUCACGAUGCAGUGGUUGAGCUCUUGACACCAUUUGGAGAGAGAGUCUGGAGGCAUUGCAUGGUGCUGUUCACCUGGGGAGACUGGCUCAACCGCAGAACCAUUGAAGAUCACAUCACCGGAGAAGGAAAGUUCCUCCAGAGGCUCGUGGAACAGUGUGGGAACAGAUACCACGUGUUGAGCUGCGGCCGUUCAAGCUAUCCUGGAGCAGUCAGCGAGCUGCUGUCAAUAAUUCAUGACAUGAUAACAGUGAACAAGGGACAAUGUUUCACCACUGAGAAGAAGCAACUAUUCAAGAAGUUCAGAAAGGUGAAGCUGACAGAGGAAGAGUGGAACAGGAGGGAGCAGCAAUUAAUAGACCGAAUGUUGAGAGCUUUAGCCAAUGAGCCCGAGCAGCUAAUUCUACCAACAGCAAAUGCAGCCGGAAGCUUUGAUGGAGGCUUCCUUCCAAACUGUGAGUUUGACAUCAAUCACUGA